CGUAAGUGAGACGGAACUGAGCCGAGACGACCAUCGAACACAGCUGUAGAUAUCCAUCAAAAAAAUAUCGACAAAUCAGCUGAAAAAAAAUCGGCUAAAAGUAGCCGACAUAUAUCGGUAUAUCGCCGAAAAUCACACAUCUCUACUUGUCCGUACUUUGAGAGUUUGAACUUAAAAAACCGCACCUACCUUUGCUACCUGUUUAGACGAUAAGCCGAAAAGUGUUUAUAAUCUUAUCCUUAAUAAUUUCGUAUGAAGUUUUCGCUUUUUGUUGUAUUCAGCGAUCAACUUAUAAAUACAUUGGACCAUGGAAAAAAAUAAAGUGACGAAGCUAUCGAAGCUUCGUGAAUUAAUGGCGAAAGUGGAAUUUGAGGGUAUGCAACGGAAGGGCGUUCAAGCUUUUAUCGUCAAAUCCGAAGAUGCACAUUUAUCAGAAUAUAUAAUGGAUCGCGAUAAGCGGCGAGAAUAUAUUUCAGGUUUUCGGGGUUCAUAUGGUACUGCUAUAAUUACCGAAAAUAAAGCAGCGCUUUGGACAGAUGGUCGAUACUAUGCACAAGCCUCGUCAGAAUUAUAUCCACCGGAAGACUGGAUUCUUAUGAAAGACGGUACAAUCGGUACACCAAGUCAAGACGAAUGGUUAAAAUCAGUAUUACCUCUGAAAUCUACAAUUGCAGUGGAUCCUACUCUCAUCAGUUAUUCCAAUUGGGCUCAACUACAAUUAUCUCUCACAGAAGCUGGCCAUUUUCUAUAUCCUAUUAAACAAAAUUUAAUUGAUGAACUAUGGGGAGAUGAGCAGCCCCCCUCGACAUUAAAUCCAGUCCUUCCACAACCAUUUAUAUACACUGGUAAAAAAGCAGGAGAAAAAAUUGCAAAGUGUCGAAAAGAAAUGAUCAAAAGUCAAACUGAUAUUCUUGUAAUAACUGCUCUCGAUGAAAUUGCAUACUUAUUGAAUUUACGUGGUUCAGACAUUCCUUAUAAUCCAGUCUUUUUUGCUUAUGUCAUUAUCACAAUUACCGAAGUGCAUUUUUUUAUUGAUGAAAGUAGAUUGACUGCUGAAGCCAAACAACAACUUUGCAAUGAACAUGUUAAUGUGACUUACCACCCAUACAGUCAUGUUACGACUGUUUUAAAAGAACUAUCUUUUAGUGUAAUACGUGGACAAACCGACACUGCUGAUAAAAUAUGGAUCCAUAACGAUGCUAACUAUGCUUUACAUCAAGCAUGUGGCGAUGUUCGAAGACAUUUUCAGGUUACACCAGUAAGACUGAUGGUAAUUGUGAAAAAUGAUGUUGAAAUUGAAAAUAUGAAGAAAGCUCAUUUAAGAGAUUCUGUCGCACUUGUCAAAUAUUUUUCUUGGCUAGAAGAUAAAAUAGUAACUAAAUCGGUACCAUCAAUUACCGAAGUUACUGGUGCUGAUCAACUGGAAAAAUUUCGUCGAGAACAAGAAAACUUCGUGGGUUUAAGCUUUGAGACAAUUUCUGCUGUAGGAGCACAUGGUGCUAUUAUUCAUUACUCACCAAAUAAAAAGACUGAUGUUCCAAUUACUGAUCAGGAAAUUUAUUUGUGUGAUUCAGGCGCUCAGUAUUAUGAUGGUACAACUGACGUUACGAGGACAUUUCAUUUUGGCAUUCCAACUGACUUUGAACGAGAGUGCUUUACCCGUGUUUUCAAAGGUCAAACUGCACUAGCAUCUGCGACUUUUCCUAUUAUGAUUAAAGGAAACUAUCUUGAUACUUUGGCACGAAAAAGUCUUUGGGAUGUUGGAUUGCAUUACCUUCAUGGGACUGGCCAUGGUGUUGGAGCAUACUUAAACGUCCAUGAGUCCCCAACUGGUAUCUCAUGGCGACCGUAUCCCGAUGACCCUGGCGUUCAACCUGGAAUGUUUUUAUCCAAUGAGCCUGGAUUUUAUGAAGACGGAAAGUUUGGUAUUCGCUUAGAAAAUGUGAUGUGUACUACCGAAGCCACCACGCGUUACAGCCACCGUGAUCUUCAAUUUCUUAAGUUUGAGACAGUGACUUUUGUUCCCAUCCAGACCAAGCUUCUUGACGUUUCGUUACUAACAAAUGAAGAGAUCGAUUUCCUGAAUCAUUAUCAUCGCCAAUGUUGGGACCUUCUCAAAACACGUCUUCAGGGUACUGAAAAUAUCCAAGCAUUGGAAUGGCUACGGAAAGAAACAAAACCUAUAUCUAAGGAGUGAAAAAAAAAUUGUUUUCAUUUAUUCAUCCAGAUUUGGGUGGAACAUUAUUAUCUCGAAUUCAAAAAGUAAUGAAUAUAAAAACAGAUAAA